AUGUGUCUUAUCCUGCAGCCCACCUCCCAAUGCAAGGUGUGUUUUCGGUUCACCCGAUUCGAAGACGUGAACCAGUUCUGCGCCAACAUCGCCUACGUCCCAGAUUCCGGCCUGGGCUCCUGCGGCGUACUCAAGCUGCAGAGAGUCCAACGCCUCACCGAUUACGUCUGCGAAGCCUGCCGCUGGUCGGCAGAACAGGAUGCAAAAGAUUUCUAUGAGUUCCUCUAUCCAUCACCGCAUAAGUACUUUGGCGAUUCGGGUCACGGCUUUGCUGAAGAGUUCUUGAGCCGUCUGAGUGCGCCUCCUCCCGGUUUACAACGUCCCUUUGAUCAAGACGUCAACGGAAUCGCUUACAGCUUGCCUCUUUUGGCCAUCAGCGUGAUGCCGCCGGGGCCGAGUUCUCUCCAGCCUGGAGCGUCAAUUGCUACGACGCACCUGAACCACCGUCCUACUAGAGCGCAGCCGACGAGAUCAAGGUACGAGUUUCAUUCUUCUUCGAGCAGUGAGUCUGAAGAAUCUCCUGGAAGGGAUAGCCAACGCCUUCAUUGGGCCAACAUAGCAAACCUCAUGAGCAGCAAGAAACAGCCACCACCCCUGAACAUCCUCGGAGACCCGAGCCAAGACCACCCAGAGACUCCUCAAUCCGCCGCCCAGCUUCGCAUUGAAUCGCCUUGGGGCGCCAGGGUCGUGAGCAACCCCGAAGAAGACCCCUGGUGGUACCCCGAGAUCUGGGGUCCUGCAAAGGACCUCCCCGACGACCUCGCCGAGGCUCUUGACCAGUACCCUCCUCAGAGUACCGUCCACGGGCACGAUAUCCACGUUUUUGACAGCAACAACAGUCCAGGCAAAUGGGAAGAAAACCUCACUGUCAUCAUCGUCACACCCCGGGGCAGGAAAGCCCGAGUGAUGUCUGGAGAGGUGUACGACGAGGGCGCGACGCUGGUGGGCCGUCGGAUGAUUGAGCGCGCUCGGUACGAGCACAUCUCGGACAAGGAAAGAGAGUACAUGAGCAAGGCGGGACGCAGCUGCUUCUUCCGCCCAUGUACGGUCGCGUCCUGUCCGCUCUCGCACGAGCGGGGACAGCACCAGCCCUGGCCGUCAAGGGGAGAAAACCUGCUUGAGUCUAUGGCAAGGGGACAUCGGAUGCGCAAGAAUUGGUGGUCGCGGACUGCUAUCCCUCGUCCGGUGACGCCGACCUCGAAUCCUCGCCAGUACUCGUCUCAUUCUCCUAUGCGUCGCCGACCGGCCCCGCUGGAUUUGACGAAAACCAAGGCAGUGAGAUUCAACAUUGCAGUAGAGGAUGCUGAGUCGGUUUGGUCGCGCGGAAACGCCACACCUCAUCCAGCCGGUCCUCAAGCAACUGUGUCUGAUGAAGAUGAAGACCUCGCAACACCUUGGUCAUCCGAACCUCUUUUCGCCCCGGAACCAAGAUCGAAAGGUGAUUUGACUGCGAUCCUCGAGUACGAGGGUAGAGUCGGCAGAAUACGUCCCAGGAACUACAAUUAUGACCCAGCCGGUGAGACGAAUGGAUCGCCGCGGCCACAUGUUCGUUCCACUGCCAGCCGCGAUCAGCAGACUGGGGCUGCCUCUAUUCACAGAGAAGUACGCAACGCUAGAAGGGCUGCGGCUCGGACAGCGAAUGAUGGCAUUGACACUUUACAUGUUCCAUCUGAAGCUCAGCGAAACGCUUCUUUGGAUUAUGACGACCAGGACUCCUGCUACGGUUUUACUACGCUGAGUAUUUCAGAUUUCGAUGAGGAUUGUAACAUCUACGAUCCUCCAUCCCGAUAG